UUCCUCCACUCUCCAAUCUUCCGAUUUCGUGGAUAUUUUUCCCCGCAUUUACAAGAAAAAUCGAUUCGUUUCACAGCUCACUGACUCAAUCCCCUUUCUCUCUCAAUUGAUCCCCUUAAUCUAAUAGUGGUACGUCUCUCUCUCUCUCUCAGUCGAACGGUGGCUGUUUCAACAGUGAUAUAGUGUAUGGUUGUAUUCAAUUUGGCCUCCCCUUGUUUCCAUCUCCUCUCACUGGUGACAUAGCCGCCUCCUAUCACGUUGGUGACAGCGGCGGCGUCUCUCGACAGCUGUCUAGGAGUUUGUUCCCGUUGGUGAAUCACUACUCUUCGCGACCGAGUUUUGACGAGUCGCUCCUCAAAGUCAUCGAGUCGGAGAUCAAGUGCGCCGAAGAGUCUGACGACCAGGAUGAGGUACGGUUCUCCGUUUGUGUUUUUUGUUUUAGGGUUUUCACGCCAUUUGAGUUGUGAGAAAGAGAGAAGAGACAUGUUUUUUAUUUGUCACAUAAAAUGGACCAUGAAAAAGCAACAACAAACAUAUAAGGGGUUUUCGGCAUUUUUUUGCCAAAUAGGGGUUUUAUAAUUCUGAUUGUUUUUUUGGUAUUGUAUCUGUCGAGGGGUUUGUUGGGGGAUUUGAUGAUGUGGAUUUCAAUCGCGAAUUGGAAAGAAAACCUCCACAAAAUCAUGCUCGAUGUCCACGACGAUGAUGGCGAUGAAGGGCUCGAGAUCUACAAUUCGCCAGAUCAAAAAGGUCAUCUCAACACUGACCGUCGAUUCCCUUACUGUUUCGCCCAUUCAAGUCCUGCUUCGCAUUCUCCCAUGGCCAAUGGAUUCGAUUCCCCGGCCGUACAACGAUGAGGCUAGGCCCACUAUGUAUCAAAUUGUGAAGGAGAUGAUUGACAAGAUGGCCUAUGCAGUGAAAUUUGUUCGAGUCACAAAGAGAGUACAUGAAGCAUAUUUUGGUAGUUAACCAAUAGAGUACAUGAAAUUUCUUUCAGGUGUAAUUGCAUCUCUUUUUUUCUGCUGCAAUUUUGUAUAAGUAAGUAAGGAGAUGAAGUUGCUUUUUGGUAGUUAACCAAGAUGGAGUUGAAGACUUUUUGGUAGUUAAAUGAAACACUUGUUUUGAGUUCUUUUUGUCAUUGGACACACCAUGGAUAUGGAUGUUUUGUAGUUUCAGUAAUGCUGUUAAGUUUGAAGUGGUUAUUAUUGGAGGAUGAAUGUUUUGAAGUUGGAUGAUGAAUGUUGACUUAUUGGAUAUUUGAUUUGAAUGAUAUUUUGCUUCUUCGCAA